UGUAGUGCAAGAUCCGCAAACCCGGAAGUCAGGAAGGCGCGUGUGGCCAGCAGCUCCAGGGUCGCGCCGCAGAGACCCCUGGAUAGACUGAGCGCCCCACACCGCGCUGGCGCGCACUUCUAACCAGAGCUCGAAGGUCAUUCCGUCCAUUCCAUUACCAAACACCAAACACGAAUCAGCAGCAUGAGGCUCAGCCAAUCGGCAUGAGUCCACCAAAGCGGCAAGAACCAACCAGAACACCACCAGAAGUUCUUUGGUGUGUUUCUAUGAAGUCACAACAGGUGAAGAUCAGUGAAGAAAGCAAGGUGAACUAAUGUCAUCAGUUAAGACCGCGUCAGUGAAACCCAACAAAGACCAGCAAAGAGUGACAAGGUACUACACUACCCCUUUUCUGAAGAAAGACUGAUUGUCGCUUACAGAUCUCAAAACCAUGGCUCAGGGACCCGUGUCAUUCAAAGAUGUGACCGUGGACUUCAGUCAGGAGGAGUGGCAGCGCCUGGACUCUGAGCAAAAGACUCUAUAUACAGAUGUGAUGUUGGAAAACUAUGACCACCUCCUCUCUGUGGGCUGUGCCAUGUCUAAACCUGAUAUCAUCCUCACACUGGAGAGAGGGGAAGAGCCAUGGACAUCGUUUGCAAGUCAUGUCUCCUUAGGAGAAAACUGGAAAUCAAGAGAGUUUUUAAUGAAAUUCAAGGAACAUGAAGAUAAAUACUCUAGAUCAUUUGUAUAUAUUAACUCUAGACAAAAGACAUUCACUCUAGUGAACAAUCUGGUUAAUUCUAAAGACCUACCUCCUAAAUAUGACACUCAUGGAAAUAUUUUAGAAAAUGUUUCAGAAUUAAUCAACUGUAAUCUAAGCCCUGCAAGAAAGAGAUUCAGUGAAUAUGAUUGCUAUGUGGAAUCACACCCAAAUCCCAAGCAAGAUGCAGGACAUCCUGACGUUAAAUCCCACACUCAGAGUGUCGAGGCUUGCAGUCAUGGGGAUGCACUUGUGCAGCCUGAGAAGGCUGUAACUGCAGCAGAGUCAUCUGAGUAUAUGGUCUAUGAGAAAUCAUUUCUUCGAAAGGGAAGCUCAGUUACACUCAGUAGAGUGUAUAGAGAGGAAAAUCCAUCUAUAUAUAACAAAAAGAGAUGGGCAGCAAAUAAUGAGAAACAACAUACAUGCACUGAAUGUGGGAAGUCCUUCUGCAGGAAGUCAGUGUUGACUCUGCAUGUGGCGAUUCACACAGAGGAAAAGCCUUACCAGUGUCAUCAGUGUGGAAGCACAUUUAGAAGGAAGUCAUAUCUCACUGACCAUGAGAGAAUUCACACGGGAGAAAAGCCCUUUGUUUGUAAUGAGUGUGGAAAGUCCUUCCGCCUAAGGCCAGCCCUCGCGGAUCACCAGAGAACACACACAGGGGAGAAGUCAUAUGAAUGUCCACAGUGUAAGAAUGCCUUCCGACUAAAAUCACACCUUAUUCGUCAUCAGAGAACUCACACAGGAGAAAAACCCUAUAGCUGUAAUGACUGCGGCAAAUCCUUCCACCAGAAGACAAAUUUCUCUCUCCAUCAGAGAAUUCAUACAGGGGAGAAACCCUAUAUUUGUAAAGAAUGUGGGAAAUCUUUUCACCAAAAAGCAAACCUCACUGUUCACCAGAGGACUCAUACAGGGGAGAAGCCCUAUAUUUGUAAUGAGUGUGGGAGAUCAUUCUCCCAGAAAGCAACUCUUGCUCUUCACGAGAGAACUCAUAAUGAGGAGAAGCCUUAUGAGUGUAAUGAAUGUGGGAAAUCCUUCCGCCAGAAGACUACUCUUGUGGCACAUCAGAGGGCACAUACAGGGGAGAAAUCUUACAAAUGUCCUCAGUGUGGGAAAGCUUUCAGCAGGAAGCCCUACCUCAUCCACCAUCAAAGAACUCAUACAGGAGAGAGACCCUAUAAAUGCAACGAUUGUGCAAAGUGCUUUUGCCAGAAGACAAAUCUCAUUGUUCAUCAGAGAACUCACACAGGUGAGAAGCCCUAUGCGUGUAAUGUCUGUGGCAGGUCCUUUAGUUAUAAGAGGAAUCUCAUUGUCCAUCAAAGGAUUCAUAGGGAAAAUAUGGAAAUACAAUAGAAGAAAGAAGUGAUGCCUUUGUGAAGUCUUUAUCUAAAGAAAAACAUGCUCGCGCAUGUCAUAAGUUAUUAAAGCUCCAUACCA